AAGUUCCAGUGAAUCCAAAGCAACCCGAUUCAAUCAAUCGACUUCUCUCCAUUGCCGCAACUCGGUAUAUCCAGUCCGCCAAAAGUAACCCUUUUCGGUCAUUCUCUCCCGAGUCUCCUCGUCAUAUUGUUGGUAUCACUUGCAUAGGGAGAGACUCAGAGACCCUUUAGUCUCUGCGUUUAUCUUUUGGUUACGGUUAGAUAAGGGAAGGCUCUACGAACCCAAGAAAGUUGAAAAGCCGAUAUUCGCCACAGUUACGUGCUUAGAAGCUUCACUUUUUAGACCAUGCAAUCCGUAGAGAUCACAGUCAUAUCAUGCGAGAACUUGCGGGUCGGUAAAAAACCUGUCAAGAAAAAUGCUUUUGUGACUGCGAGGGCCGAUUCUCCUGAUCAAUGUUGCCAGACGAAAAUGUCAGUGGAGGGCGGAAGCAACCCGACAUGGAAUGAUAAGUUAGCCCUGGACCUGCCGGCUGGUUUACGGAAUGGUUUCAUUACGCUGGAAGUACACUGCAGGACGUCCUCCGGGAACAAGCUCGUUGGGGGAGUAAAUGUGCCGGUUUCAGACCUCCUUGGGGGAUUCAUGCCGAUAAACCAUCUGCAGUUCUUGAGUUAUCGAUUAUGGGACUCCAAGGGUGACCGAAAUGGCAUCGUUAACAUCUCGACUAGAGUGAAGUCCCCGCAACCAUACCGGUGUUCCCAGGCUUUGCAGCCGAAGGCUAUCGGAGUUCCGGUUGGGGAACAGAAGAGGAUCGGGGGUGUUGUGACCGGAGUUCCGACAGUUUGGCUCGGUCACCGCUACCCUUAUUGAGUGUUUCGCUUUCAAAAUUUUCUUUGCCACCAAUAUACUCGGCAACAAUUAUGCGUGUAUAUAUAUAUAUAUUUUUUUUUUUUUCUUUUUUUCUUUUGAUAACGUGAGUGUCCACAUGCCGUGUAGCGUGAUUUAGACUUUUCCUUGGUCGUCACACUCUUUAACCACCAGGUCAGUUUCAUUGGAUUGGCAACAAUUAUAUUUGAUUGUCUCCAAAUAAUAAUUCUUUAUUAGCUGUAGCUUCAAAUUGACAAGUC